AGACGGCCUUCUGCUCAGCCAUGACCGAACGUCCGUGCCUUCGACCCCACCUCCGGCAGCCUCGGCGGUGACGACGGCCAACACGGAUUUGGGGGAGCGGCCACCCCGAGGCUUCAUGGCUGGCAUGUCGGGGCGACCGCCCAGCAUGUACUGGUGUGUGGGGCCGGAGGGGUCAGCCGUGCGUCCAGAACGCGCCAUGGACACGCACAAUGGUGCCGGGGACAUGGGCAGCAAACUGGCCACACCGGACGGCGACCCCGCCGGGCGGGGUCCUGGGACGGAAGACAUUCACGCCGCGUACAAGCGGGGCGACCCCAGCAGAGCCCGCCACCUGCUCAGGGAAGCCUGUGAUGAGUGCGCCUCCCAGCGGGAAAAGGGCCAGCUCCUGAGCAUCGCAGCGGCCUACGGGGACCUGGAGACCGUCCGCUAUCUUCUCACCGAGAGGCAGGUGGCGCUGCCGACCGAGCCCACGGACGACAACCCCGCGGUGGUGGCGGCGCACUUCGGGCACACGGAGGUCGUGCAGGAAUUGCUCGAGUCUUUCCGAGGUCCCUGCAGCCUCCAGCGGCUGCUGAACUGGAUGCUGGCCCUGGCUUGUCAGCGAGGCCACCUGGGGCUGGUGAAACUCCUGGUCCUGACUUACGGGGCCGACCCCGAGAGCUACGCCGUCAGGAAGAACGAGUUCCCUGUCAUUGUGCGCUUACCCCUGUACGCGGCCAUCAAGGCAGGGAAUGAAGAUAUUGCCAUCUUCCUGCUUCGCCACGGGGCUUUCUUCUGCUCCUACAUCUUGCUGGACAGUCCCGAGCCCAGCAAACACCUGCUCCGGAGCUUCUUCAUCGAGGCCAGCGCCUUGCCCAGCAGCUGUUCAGGGAAAGUGCCUCUCCGUGUGAAGUGGGCCCACCUCAAGCUGCCCUGGGUGGACAUCGACUGGCUCAUCGACAUCUCCUGCCAGAUCACGGAGCUGGACCUGUCGGCCAACUGCCUGGCCUCCCUCCCGUCCGUCGUCCCCUGGGGGCUCAUCAACCUGCGGAAGCUGAACCUCUCGGACAACCACCUGGCCGAGCUGCCCGGCGUGCAGUCCUCCGACGAAAUCAUCUGCUCCAGGCUCCUAGAAGUCGACAUUUCCAGCAACAAGCUGGCCCACCUCCCGCCGGGGUUCUUGCACCUCUCGAAGCUGCAAAAGCUGACGGCUUCGAAAAACUACUUAGAGAAAUUGUUUGAGGAAGAAAGUGCCACCAACUGGAUCGGUUUGCGGAAGCUGCAGGAGCUGGAUGUUUCUGAUAACAAACUGACCGAACUCCCGGCGACGUUUCUUCAUUCUUUCAAGUCACUCCAUUGCCUGAAUGUCUCCAGCAAUAAGCUGAAGGUGUUCCCAGAUGCCUGGGCCUGCCCGUUGGCCCUGGUGUCCUUGAAGUUGCAGGGCAACCAGCUGGUGGCCGUGCCCCCUCCGGAGAAGUGGACCUGCACUCAGCUGAAGACGCUGGAUCUCUCCAGAAACCAGUUUGGCAAAAAUGAAGAUGGACUGAAAACAAAGCGCAUUUCCUUCUUCACCACCAGGGGGCGCCAGCGGUCAGGGACUGAGACAGCGUGCCCGCUGGACUUCCCGGCCUUCCUCAGCGAGUCCCUGGAGGUCCUCUGCCUGAACGACAACCACCUGGACGCGGUGCCCCCCUCGGUGUGCCUGCUGAGGAGCCUGUCGGAACUCUACCUGGGAAAACAAUGCCCCCCAAUGUUCCGCAAGCACCAGGCGGACUCGGGGGCUCAGGGCGCCAGCCCCCCUGGCUCCGUUGAGUCCAUCGAGUUCAGCGUCUGGGACAUCGGCGGCCCGGCCAGCAUGGCCACGGUCAACCAGUGCUUCUUCACCGACAAGGCCCUGUACGUGGUGGUGUGGAACCUGGCGCUGGGGGAGGAGGCCGUGGCCAGCCUGCAGUUCUGGCUGCUCAACAUCGAGGCCAAGGCCCCGAACGCCGUGGUGCUGGUGGUGGGAACCCACCUGGACUUGAUCGAAAGCAAGUUCCGCGUGGAGAGGAUCGCGACGCUGCGGGCCUACGUGCUGGCGCUCUGCCGCUCCCCCUCGGGGUCCCGGGCCACGGGCUUCCCGGACAUCACCUUCAAGCACUUACACGAGAUUUCCUGCAAGACCCUGGAGGGCCUGGAGGGGCUGCGGCAGCUGAUUUUCCACGUCACGUGCAACAUGAGGGACGUGGGCAGCACCAUCGGCUGCCAGCGGCUGGUGGGGAGGCUGGUCCCCAGGAGCUACCUGAGCCUCCAGGAGGCCGUGCUGGCGGAGCAUCAGCGCCGCAGCCUGAGCGACGACGUGCAGUACCUGACGGACCAGCAGCUGGAGCAGCUGGUGGAGCAGACGCCCGGCAACGACAUCAGCGACUACGAGGACCUGCAGUCCGGACGCUCAACCCCUGAGCCCUGCCGGCCAGGCACCCCUGCCUUUUCAAGACCCUUUUUCCUGUCCUCCCGGCAGAAUUCCUUCCUGGUGCUGGCGGGCCUGGCGGACGGGCUGGUGGCAGCGUUCCCCGUGGUGCGGGGCGCCCCUGAGGACAGCUGCUCCUACCUGUGCUCGCACACGGCCAACAGGUCCAAGUUCAGCAUCCCGGACGAGGACGUGCGGCAGAACCCCUACCCCGUGGCGGCCAUGGAGGUGGUGAACAGCGGGUCCGAGGUCUGGUACAGCAACGGGCCGGGCCUGCUGGUCAUCGACUGCGCCGGCCUGGACAUCAGCCGGCGGCUGGAGCCCUACGCGGCCCCGUCGGCGGUCACCUCGCUCGUGUGCAGCUCGGACUGCGGGGGCGAGGAGGUGGUCUGGUGCCUGGACGACAGGGCCAACCUCUUGGUCAUGUACCACUCGGCCACCUACCAGCUGUGCGCCCGCUACUUCUGCGGGGACCCGAACCCUGGGAGGGACGUGUUUCCCGUGCGCCCCUCGGGCCUGGAGCCGCCGGACGGCCCCGUGGCCAGCCGGCAGGAGCCGGAGGCAGACUCCAUCGCCGACGUGAGCAUCAUGUACAGCAAGGAGCUGGGCACGCAGAUCCUGACGCACCAGGACUCGCUGACCGACUACUGCUCCAUGUCUUCGUACUCCUCGCAGCGGGCCCCCCUGUCCCCGGACAGUCCCUCCAGCAUCCUCUUCUCCACCGACGGGGAGGGCUCGGACCGGCUGCUCGAGCCCACGGCCGGUUCCGACAGGUCCGAGCAGGAGCUGAGCCCCGUGGACGGCGAGGCGUUCAGCCAGCACCUGCAGGCCGUGAAGGUCCUGGCUGUGAAGGACGUCAUCUGGGUGCCCAGGCGCGGAGGAGAUGUUAUCGUCAUCGGCCUGGAGCGGGACGCGGGCGCCCAGCGGGGCCGAGUCAUCGCCGUCUUGAAAGCCCGAGAGCUGACGUCAAGGGGGGCUCUGGUGGAUGCGGUCGUGGUGGCCAAGGACACUGUCGUGUGUGGCUUCGAGGACGAAAGCAGCGAGUGGUGCCUGGCCGUGUGGCGGGGCUGGGGCACCCGGGAGUUUGACGUCUUCUUCCAGGCCUACGAGGAGCUGGGCCGGCUGGAGGCCUGUGGGCGCAAGAGGAGGUAGCGCCCGCCCUCAAAAGGAGCGUCGCCCGGACCUGGCUGGCCCAGGCCUGCGGGCUGCCCCCUCCACCUGCCGCCACAGCCCUCCUCGGCGGACCCGGAAGAGAAACCGAGUUCUCCCACGAACGGCUUGCUGCUAAGAAGUGCUGAGAC